AUGUCCCCACCAGAUUCCCACACCAUCCUGCUGGUGCAGCCCAAAAGGCCCGAGGGAAGGACGUACGCCGACUACGAGUCCGUCAACGAGUGUAGGAAGGUGAGCGUAUGUACAGGAGCAUUUAAGAGAAUGAAUCCCAAGCCCUCGAUAACGUACGACAGCCAGCUGUUUGACUUCAUCGAUGACCUGGCUGACCUCAGCUGUUUUGGUGUAAGUUUCCGUCUGAUGUAUCGCGCCGACACACAGACGUACCAGCCGUACAACAAGGACUGGAUUAAAGAGAAGAUCUACGUGCUGCUCCGCCGUCAGGCCCAGCAGGCGUGCGAAGUGAGGCCCCUGAGCGAGGGCGGAGGUCCAUGUGGUUUUUCUUAUCUGUAACAGUUUUUAAGUUGUUUUGAGACGUUUGACAGUUUUUAAAGUUUUUUUUUUUUUUUGUUGUUCUCCAUGGAGGGAC